AUUCGACGAUGUAACUAGUUUGAAAUGCCAAUCAGUCCAGACGCAUAUUCAAGUAUUGAAGAUGGUGACUUACAUGAGCAUGUCCGCGAAAGUUUACGUCAAAUCCCGAAGCAGGUAAUUGACUUGCUUAACUUCUGAAUUAUGUUUGGCUAAUUAUAAAUCAUGUCAUUGAAUAGGAGUAAAGUUUAUGGUUACUUCUCUUCGUUUUGCUUGGAAUUUUCAAUUUUGAAGUUGUUUAAAGCAUGAUUAACACUAAUUCGGAUCUAACUGUCAGGGCACAACGUUGUUGUAUGAAGUUAGCCAAGGAUUGGUGUUAAUCAGGUUUCGAGCAACACAUCCCUGGAAGGAAAACAUUUUUUCAGUGUGAAGCAAAGUAAAAUGCUAUUACAUAUCAAAGUUAUUUUUUCAAAAUACUCUUUUUUCUUACAAUGCCUUUCUCCACCCAACCCUAAAUGAACUAUAACCUAGAACGGUCCUUUUAACACAGCUGACACUGUUCAAAUUUCUGUACCUUUGACUAGUGGAAUUUGACCUGUGGUAGACUUUUCAGAUGAUACCAUUUGAAGUUCUUACAUCAAGUUACAUCCCAAUGAAUGCAAUUACUGACAGCCACCCCUUUAUGUUAUGUCUUUCAGUUUGGUACAUGUUAAUUUAAAUUGCAGGGUUGCACUUAGUAGAAGGAGGGUUAGAGCUAAGGGUUUCAAGAUCCAAAGAAGACAUGUCCUUGAUUCUAUUUCACGUGUUAAUCCUAUGAUGUCAGCUGUAAGAGGACACAGUUUUAAAAUUGUACAGCAACCACAUUCUGUGCCUUGCCCUAAUGCCUUGUGGCACAUAGACAGUGAUCAUAAAUUAACUGAGCCCUACAGAAUUUUGAUUCACAGAGGCAUAAAUGUGAGUAGGGUAUUGAUUACACAUGCACCUAUCUUGUAAUUAUUGACAACAAGCUUAGUAUGAGUUCUAACUCAUUAAAUGUACUACUUGCAGUAAUCCUACUGUACUGGAAAUACCUGCAUGCUGUAAAAUUACUAUAAGUCAGUAAACUAAACCAAAACCUCAACCAAAAUGCAACCUGUGGGAUGCUGAGUGCUGCUUCAAUGGUUUCAGAGGCUUUAUGGUUGAUCGAAACAAACUGUUUCGUAUCAGUCAAAUAGCCGGUUAUCCAUCUUAAGUAGGACUUGGAGAAUCCAAGAUUGUGGAGCUCUGUGAGAACCGUCUCAUAUGAGACUGUGUCAAAUGCCUUUGAAAAGUUGGUUAGGACAGCCAUAAUAACCUUGCCCUCCAUAAAAGGUAUAUACAGUAAUAAAUAAAUUGGUAUAUCAACGACAUUGUUUUUAGCAGGAACAAACCUAGAAUAAACUUAUCCAGUAAUUUCAAACUACUGUUCAUUGAAUGGAUCAAAUCAUUUGCAAAGGUUUUUUAUCUCAAUAGAAAUUUGCCACUAAAAAUUAUGCACAUAAACCCUUCAUUAUCCUCUGCAUCUGUAAGUCAACUAGAUAAACAAUUCCUUGGAGUUUGUUAACAGUAAACAAACCAGGAAUAAAAGUGGAAAUAAGAAAUUUGUUCUAGACACAGUUGAAAGCAUUUCCAGCCACAACUGCCCACAGUGCAACUUUGAAAGAAUUGUACUCCCAGGUUAUCAUUAACCGUGGAAUAACCAGUUCACACAAGAAAUUACAGGCAUAGAUGCUAUUACUGUCAGGACUUACAUCAGCUUUAAUUCCACAGGGAUUUAACAUUUCCCUACCAGUAGUGAACCUUAGCAACCUCUUCAGUUCUGCAGAAGGAAAAAUUUGUAAGGUAAUGUUAGCUGGUCCACGAAUAUUUCCCUGUCCUUAGAAAUUGGAGAGCAAAUCGGCUUCCCCACAACACAUCUAAAGGUUAUGGUUAUUCUAUGGACAAGUGUUGCCAUUAUUCUGCCUAAUUCAUUCUUCCACAAUUUCAACACAAGAAACAAUAAAGUAGCAGACCUUUCUUCUUGGCAACAUCUUUCAACCAACUGAACAUGCAGCAAUAGUUUUACACCCUUCUUAAAAAUGUGGAGGGGCUAAAGUACAAAGGGUGCUUUUGGGGUGCUCAAGUUGAUUUUGGGGCAUGGUUCAUGCUUGCACCCUGAAACCUGCUUAAACACCCAGAGGUGUCUUGUCCAAACUAGAUACAGGCAUUUAACAAAUACAUUAUCAAGAAGAAACUUGCUAAAUGCACUGUACUUGCCUUCUUCAUCACCCUCCUCUACAAUCAUCUGAAUGUAAGCAAACACAGUCAUUGCAACAAUUUUGAUGAACCACCUGCGCCAGGUUUUAAUGUAAACAAGCUUUUAACAGCAUGAGUAGAGUGAUCUUUGAUGAUGGUGACACAAACAGUUCCUCAAAUAAAGCGAACUUAUUGCAAACUGCAGGUAAGAAACCCAGGGUCUGAAGACCAUUGGAAAACUGAUCAAGCAUUGCAAUUCUGCAGCCCUCUGUGAGAUGUGUUAUCAAACACUAGGCAGCCAUGUUUCUGUUGUUUCCUAUGAGUUAAAGGUCAAAGUUACUGAGAAAAGUUUCUAAGCUUUCAUACCAUAAUAAUUAUUUCUAGGAUCAGGAUUUCUACAAUCAAGGACUUUUUGCCUAAUGGUGUAUAAUAAUAUUAUGUCAUCAGAUAUAAUAUAAUUAUGAUAUUGCCAUAAAAAUAUUAAAUUUAAGCAAUUCAUUAACCAGGCCAAUACUGUUGUUUAAAAAAGUGUUCUUUUCAAUGACCGAGGAGGAUAAAGAAUGACUUGAAACCGGUAUUAGAAAUAAAUUAAACAAAUCUUGAGCAAAGAUUAAUUAUUAAUCAGAGAAAUAAAGAUAAAAGAGGCACAAGGGUUGACACGAUACAACAACAAUUUCAUUAUUGUUUCUACGUGGACACACUGAUGAAGUGAAAUCUGUUUUGUUUGAACCUUUAACUGACCUUGUUCACUCUCUUUAUUUUUUAAUUUUUUUAUCGCAGUCAUUGUAAUUAUGUGUCUGAACUUACCAUCACUUGUAGAAACUGUCAUUCCACUGUCUCAUAAGCUUAACAAAGUACUUAUCUUCAUCUAAAUUAGUCACAUUUUCAUCAUCAAUCACCUGUGUUGGUUGGAAAUAAAAUAAAGUAUCAAGAAGAGAAUAGGAAAUAUAGCAGCCACAGAUAGUUUGUGUUAUUGAGGAAAAAAAUAAUCCACACAAUUCAAAUAUUGGGAAAAGAAAACAGACUAAAUGCUUUUGCUGAGCAAAUUCUGGACUGCAAAUUGAAAAUAACCUAUUUUUACUUUUUUGGUCUCCAGGGAGAGUUCUUUCUACCACAGAUCAACAAGUCUAUUAAAAGUACAACACACCAAUUGAAAAGUACUUAAAAAGGUCCAUACAACAACUGCAAUUUAAAGGUAUGACCAUAAUUACCUCAACCAUGAACAAACAAAAAUCUAUAACUAAUAUAGUAAAGACAUUGAAACAUUCACCUUCUUAACAUACGAUAGCUUCCUCUCAUCAUAGACAUCAUAAACUGAUGCAUAUAGGCAGCUGCUUGGUUGAUGUCAGCAGUAGCAACAUAAUAGCACAUUAAUGGUACCAAGUAUGGAAAGCCUGUGCAGCCCUGGCAGACACUGUGUUAGAUCAUUUUCCUAAUUUUCCUAACCAUUUUGAAAAGGCCACAGCUAAAAGAAAAAAAAUUCUUGAAAUUUACCCCCCCCCCCCUUCAAGGAUACAUGCAAACUUACUCCAAUAUUAUUGGCUGACAUUUACAAAACAAAGCGGACUGUUAUGAGGAAUUAGGUACCAUCCUUUGAAGCUGCCUCAUCCCAAGUUUUAUUAAUUUAUUUACCAUACUACGAGCAUUCACUCUCUACAAGGCUUAUGUGCUCGGAUUUGGUCAGGUUCGAAAAGGUUCUUCUGGGGCAGACCACAACACCUACUCUUUGCAAUAAGUGUGUGGGUUCUUUAACGUCCCCUACUAACUAGAAGAAGAUACAAGAGACGAAUUGAAAAGGAAAUCCAUCAAUUAUCCAAUGGUUACAUGACCACGAGGUGUUUGAAAUCUAGACUUAGGGUCUUCCACAAUGCUGUCGCUGUAGAAUCUCCUCGCAGAGUUGGUAAACACUUCUAACUAUAGACGCCAAUCUGUCCUCGUUAAAUUCAGUGGUGUUGGAGCCUUCCAGUUUACCCUCUGCACACAGCUGCAAAUAGAUGCACACAAAGUUCCCAACACAACGAUCGACGAUGAUGCAACGCGACAAAACAUGCAGCAGUGUUAACAUGCAGCGGUCCGCUCAUAUAUUACCAGGUCAUUCAUACAAGCCAGUCAUAAUCUCGAUGAACGUGUGAAUCUGGAUCCUCAUAUGUUUGAGGAAUUUUGACAUGGGAAUGUCGUCAUGUAAAAUGAAUCUUGAUGUGGGUAUGCGAAACUUGAUACGAAUAUGCGAAUUUUGUGUGUAUGUUCGAAUUUGCUUAGUAUUUAUUAAACUUGGUGUAUUCGUAUGCGAAUCUUGAUACGUGCACUAAAUCUUGAUAUGCGUUUUUAGAUCUUGUUGCAGACUUGUGCAAAUCUAUCUUCACAUGUUUAUACUAAUUUUGACAUUGUUCUAUGAAACUUGGUGUUUAAAUCUUGAAACUGAUGAAUGAAACCUGACUUAUAAAUAUAUAUAUAUAUAUAUAUAUCUUGAUAGUCUUGAUAUAUUGUCCCUUUGGAAAAGCAUAGCAACCGUUAUUUGGUGUCCUCAUGCAUCGCGCUCUCUCCCCAAUGGGGAAUAGAUGGCGUUGUGUGACGAGACCAAACAAUGGCUGCGAAGGAGAAAACAGUAAGCAAGGCACCGAUAUAUUUAUUUUUGCCUAGAAGUAUUCAGACAAGAGAGACAACAGACCACAAAAUACCUGUGUGAGUUCCGAUAAAUUUUUUUCUUUCUCUCAAGGUGAAGUGUAAAUGCUAUAUUUUCGCCCUUUUGAAAGUUAUGCUCUCUUUCUGUUACAAAAAUGAACAUAGGGUCGUACAAGGACAGGCUCGAGCAACUCGAGAGUUGUCCGUUUCGAUCAAAGUAUUUAAGUUUCCCUUGUAUUCUGAAAAUUAAAAUAGACGCUUGUUCGAUAUUGAUGAUCGCAACGAAAACCAAACACUUUUGACAAAUGAAUACUGCGGUUCUCCUCAAUGAUUGAAUGUGUUCUUUAAAAAACGAAACUUAGCAGAAAGCUUUGCGCUGUUUAUUGUCCUUGUUUCUUCGUUUGUUUCUUUGUUUUCUAUAGAGCACAUUGACAAAUGAUAAACAAAGGCUUGGAUAAGUCAUUGGGCCAUGUGUGUCUGGCUGCCGUUAGUGAUUAUUGAAGAAAACUGAAAUUCGAAAUUUGCAGACUGAGAGGAAUGCACAAAGGGAAAUGGAGGAGCGGAGGGGGUGGGGGGGCGAGAAAUGAAUUCAAGCCCGGAGCGUGGUCUUUGGAAUCUGAGAGGGAACGCAUGCAAGGGGGAUGAUAUUGUUGUCUUUAUCUCUUUUUAUAAGUUCACGGUAAAACUUCUGAUUGGUCUGAGUUAGUAGUUUCCUAUAAAAUCAUUUCUUCCGCCUCUAUUUCCGUCUCACUUCACGUCACGUAAAAGUUUUUCAAGAAAUACAGUUGUCGAAUGAAUUGCUGUCACAUUUUAGUAAUACAAUGCCGAAAAUAGCCACUUACUUCUGCCUCUUUUUGAUACGGAUAUAAAUAUAGGUUGGAUGUUAUCCUCCGUGUUUAGAGUUGUGGCUUUACUUUAUGCAAUUGAUUGGGGACCGUAGCUGAUAACGCACGCGGCUCAAGAAAUUGGUGAUCGCACCGGCGUUAUGCUGUUGUUGUCGUGGUAAUAGGGUAAGGAAGAGAAGAAGUUUUAUCUUUCAAAGGUGGAUAACUAAGUGGAUAUUAACUCUUCCGAUCACCUAUUGUUUCUAAGUCGUUCAAUAUUACUCGCGAAAAAUGCGUCUCUCGAACUCCACCACAACCGUACGUUUCAUUUUUGAUGGGAAUGUAGAUUAUUGAAGUAAUGCACUGAUCGCUAACCUGGCAUUUUCAAUUAGACUGUCAAAUUAAGGCGUUAGUUUAUUCUCAUCUCUUAAAUUCCAUCUCUUUGUUAAAGGAACCAGACGAAGUGCAGGUGCAAAGAGAGGUAAGUAGGACUGAUAAAUGAGAAAUUAUGUUAAAACCCAAACAAAUCAAGGUCUAACUUCCUUGAUGUGCAAUACUGUUUGUCUCAUUAGAAAUAUUAUUUCAGGUAGUGAAAUGAGACUCUUAAUUUUGUUUUCAGAGAAACGGGAUUACCACCAGGAAAGAGGUACAUGUAAGCCUAAAGAAAUCAAGAAACUUUAACAUUUUUUUCAUGUAACACCAAGAUAAUUGAUCCAGCGAGCCUUUAGCAUGCGAAAACAACAAAUGCUUUUAAAUUAAAUCGAUAUAGUAUCAUGAUUCUUAGAGUUAGGGAAAAUGAUGAUGAAUAAUGUCUUUAAUCUUAUUUUGUCAUCCUAGAGACGAAAAGAAACGAGGAAGAAAUCGGUGAUUAAGUAUCAGUUAAGGGGCCGCCACUUUGAAAAAUGUGAGGAAGACAACCUAAGUGGAGAUGAGACAACGGAUGACAAAAAAGGGAAAGCAGGAAAAAAAGAGAGUUCCCAGUUCAUUGAGGAAAACAUUAAGUUACUUAAACGAUUGGUUGAUCGUUAG